AUGGCAGACAGACAGAGAAACAGCAGCAGCAGCAGCAACAGCUGUGCUGGUCCCCCAACAGCCUGCCCCCCUCUGGAUGGAGCCAAACAGGGCUCCCCGUUUUGCAUCCGCGCCCAUGCCGGAGAGCCGAAAGACCUCUGCAGCCACAGUAGGAUCCUCCUGCAAGGAGACCUGCAAAAUCCCUAUUACACAGCCUGCUUGACCUGGAGGACACGAAAUAAUAGCAACCCCACUUGCCAGGAUUGUAAAGAAGGAGAUUCUGAAGUUGACGGGAAAGACAAUUUACCGUCCGAAGAAAAGGGUCCUUGCAAGGCCACCCUUAACAAGGAGAUUCCGGAAUUUGCCGUGCAUUGUGGGAUACCAGGAUGCAUCUGGAAGGGUCCAAUGAGCAAUUUGGAAAAUCCUUCAGGACUUUGCCCCAGGGAUGAAGGUUGCCGAUUUUCCAGGAUCGGAUGUUUAUUCAAGGGCAACACAGGGGAUCAAAACGUUCAUGAGAAGAACGCGGCAGGAAGACACCUGAUGCUGCUGCUCCAGUAUGUCAACCACCUGAAGGGCAGUUCAUCUCCAAGAGGGAGUCAGUCCAACUCACCUUUAAUAGAUGCCAAGCUUUUGGUGAAGGCUCCUCUCACCCUGAUGAUUCAGGAUCCUGGGGGAGAAAGCUCUUUCUCCGCCUCGCCGGUGGAGGAGUGGGAGGUGAGCUGGUGCACCCUCUUGAGAAGAGUGAAGAGGGUCUCUUGGCUGGAGACCAAGCUGCAAGUCUUUGAGAACAUCACAUCGGUGCUGAGCAAGGAGAUGGUUACAUCCCGCCAGAAAAUCCUGGCCUUCCGGGGACAGCGGGGCCUUGACCAAGAUAUGAUCCGUGGCUUAGAGCUGAAG